CUUUUCUCGGCAUGGCGUUUUUGCGAGCGCAGCGCGUUUUGUACAUCCAUCCCACAAGCGAAGCGGAGCUAGACGAAGGAGUGCUGCGACACAAAGGGAGGAGAGGUAGGCCAGUUCCCAGCACUCUGCCCGAUGUGGCCGGCCUUCGGGGAUGGCUGCAAGAAGAACUGCCUUUUGUGGAUUCGGUCCUCGUUCCCGGCGAUGGAUGGUACAAUCCAGAGUACUUACCAGACGGCCCACUUCCUGUGAGCUUUGCGCUUCAUGUGCGUGGAUCCGAAGGCAAGCGACGCAGGGACGAAAACACCGCUGUGACAGUCGCAAGGAGUCAGACGAAGAGGGUGAAGGAUUACCAAGUGUACGAGCCCAUGCUCGUGAAGCCGGAUAUCCUACUGGGCGGCCGGUCGAGUACCAUGCUCGUGGCUCUAAAGUGGCUAGCUUUGCUCGAGCGCGAGGCUGCCAAGGUAGACCUUACAAGCCUGAGAGAGCUAAGGCUCGCCAAGGUGAAGCCAAAGGAGAGCGCUUAUUAUCCCGGCAUCUUGGCCUUCUUACGAGCCGCUUCGAUUGGUCAGAAAGGCUUGAAUUUCGGUGGGCAGGGCUAUGGAAACCUGAAAAGGGCGGACCUGCAGGGCUUUAUAUGCGGCAAGCCAAGAGCUCUGUCGGAAGUGAAAACAAAGGUUUUCUACGCAACCGAUAAGGAUGAGACGGGUAUGGUGGCUAAUGCUACGCUGAUAAAGCAGGAAGCAGACUAUCUGAAAACGGGAAUCGAGGGAACUGAUGAGACGACUCGUCUAGGGUGCCUGUUUUGCCGCAUGGACAGGUUCUGGAUUGUCAAGUACCUGCGAGAGACGGAUAAGGUUCAGGUGACGCCGGGAUUUCCUUUCGGUCAGAAACCGGAUGAAUCGCCUCUGCAGCUGGCCGGCUUCAGUCCGGAUUUUGUGCUGAUGAAGCUUUCGUGGCUAAAUGAGAUCAGCUUGGAGAGCAUCAGCCUGAAGGACGUUCUACCUCCUAAACCGAUGCCUGGAUUUUGUACGUUGGUCUCCUAUACGGAGGAACUGCAGCGAAUGUACGAUCUACCGGUGCUGAAUGUUCGUUUCGUGGGACCAAGCACUGAUAUCCCGCUCUCAGAUCUGACGCCAGUGGCUUAUGGCAAGAAGUCUCUUGUGGUGCUCCGACGAUCGGCGUCCAACGUCCUCAAGAUCUGCUCGCCAUCGAGUGCUGAGAUGGAGCGACGCAUCCAUGGAGCAUCUGACGGCCACUCCAACGUGCGGAGGCUUGUGAACUGGGGAUUGGUGAGCAUCGGGGAGACCAAUGACGUGUUUGGCUUUCUGGAGCUUGAGGGCUAUGGCCAGCCUUUUGGUCGGGAGCACAUUGCCGACAUGGAAGCGAUGGAUGAUAUGUGGAAUCAGGCGUACUGCGGGCUCAAGCAUCUCCAUUCCAAGGGUGUUCUUCACCGGGACGUGAAGCCAGACAACCUGGUCGUGUUUUCGGGUAACGUGCUCAAGAUAAACGACUACGAUGUGUCAUGCUUCAAAGGCGAGAGCCGUGCUUACAGCGAGAUGGUGGGAACUGUCGGGUACCAGUCUCCUUCCGAUAUGUUGCCGUAUGUGGAGGAGGACGACGUGUUGUCUCUGGCGCUCUCUUUCUAUGCCCUCAAGUUUGGAACGACAACGACUUCUAAAGCGGGCCGGCUCCAUAUCUUACUCCGAGAGCUGCAACCGGAUGUUUUCCCUGAAACAAUGAUCCAGGCUGUCAAAGAAGCGGUGACGCAACUCGACUUGGAGCUACUUGAAGAAGAUUAGUACCUGAGCUAAUAAAUAUUAUAAUAAAGUUAACUUUAGUUUUCAACUAAAUUUAACUUCAAGAUCAUGCCCACAACUCAAUUUUUUCUAAA